UCCCAGCUCCAAAGGCAACCCACAGCUCAGUGAUGUUGAGGGAUUGGGCUGCUGUGACUGCCAGUACUACCACAUCCGUGUCAACUGUGCGUAUUGACACCUUGCUAUACCCUUCCUUCACAGCAUCUCCUAGGUGCAGUAGGAUGUGGUUAUCCUCCUCAUGUGUGCAUGGUGCAAAUACUGAUUAUUUGUUUGCCAGUGUUGAGGGCUGUCACACUGGUUGCCAGGAAGGAGAACAGUUCAGCCUUCUUGUCUUCAAUGCGCAGAAACUCUGGCCAGUUUCCAGGAAUGACACUGGAUGGCUCAACGUGUCUAUGAACUCCCUUCCCUCUCUUGCUGCGUGUUUCAGCCUUCAGACUUUCGGGGAAAUAUUCAUCCCACACGACAUCGACUCUGCUAACAUGCUCCAGCUGAGAGCAUGUCAGUAUGUGGAGGCCUCAAACUCUCCAACCACACGUGCCAUCUCGGGGCCAGACAGCAUCCAUCGUCGCAGAGCUGCAGGGUUCUCUGUCAGGCCUACAGCAUCACUAUCACCUUUCACGGAGGCAUUGUUCUGCUCGUGGGCUUGGUCAAUGGCAAUAGCAGAGAAGCUGCAUGUCGUCUUCUUCACAGCCUUUCCUUUCAGAAACUGCCCAUGGACAUCAGGAUGGUUAUCUUUUAGCACAAUCAUGUCACGCAAGUGGACUGGUGUCCAUCCGGCAUAGUGGGUGUGUCCCA